GAGGACAUAAUGUGGAAAGACAGGGACAGAGACCCUUCUUCACACAGAGUGGCGAGGGGGUGGAAGGGGUCACCUAGUCGUGAUGAUAUCGAAGCAGUGGACUGACGCUCACUAGACCGGACAGCGUUAUUUCCCUAUAAUAUUUUUGAACAUUAAUUAGCGGUUUUAGAUCAUUAGACUGCCUCAACACGUACAGGACCUUGCACAUUAACUGCGCGGUUAACAUUUUAAAACUAAAUGCUGUUCAUUGUGUUCGUGUCUCUAUAACCAAAUGCAAAUUAAGCAGGUGCACUGCAGCAGACACCUGCGUGCAUCGCCAUAGCAGGCAAACUGCAAAUCUGCGAUCCAUUAGGCACGGCUGCUCGACUCGUCGAGGGCUGCGCGUUUGCUUUGGGUUACGGGAGUGGAGAACACAGCACGCCGCAAUAAUUCUGGACCGGGUUCGUGUCGUUCCGCCCCAGUGUAAAACAUUAACUGUGCGGGGCCGUUUCCUGGUACCGCCUGACGGUUCAGUUCUAGAUUCGGGAUCCGGAGACCGCUAAUCAUCCCUGCUUGAUAAUGGCGGGAGAGACGGCGAGGAGGAUUCAGAUUCUGGAGUACCCUGGCUCGCUGGGUGAGCCCUCGGCUCUUGGCGUGGCUCUGGAUGCGGGUGCAAGGAGUGUGGAGUUUACUGGUCUAUGCAGUUGGUUGGUUUCACAGCUGAAGAGUGUGUGUCCCUCCAUUGAGGAGAGCAUCAACCCAACACAGGGUCCAGAGGAGGCGGACAGCUUUCAGCUGGAGGUGAGCGGCUUGGUCAGUGAGCUGCACUGCCCCUACACAGCCCUGACCACUGGAGAAGUGACCACACGACUGACCAGCAGGGACAACUGUCACAUGCUGCUGGAGUUCCUAAUAUCAGAGCUGCAGGCGGCACGCAUCCUCAAGGCAAGAGAGCCUCCCCCAGUGGAGACAGACAGAGUCGGAGAGGAGUUCAGGGGAGAGAUGCAGCUCCUCUGUCAAGCCCUGGAGAUCAAACCUGAGUCCCUCCACAACCCAGCCCUGCUCACUGAGGUUCAGAACACGGUGUCCCUGCGUCUCCACGCUCUCCCAGACAGUGGGGUGAUGAACCCUCUUCAGAAGAGGCAGCUGGACCCUGAGCUCUGGGGUCGGCUGGCUGCAGUGAGCCAGGCUCUCCGGGUGGAGUACGAGUGCCGCAUGCGCAUGCUGAUCAAACGCUUCCAGGUCACCGUGCAGUCCUUCCACUGGGGAGAGCGGGGCGAGGCCAGCAGUUCCUCCAUGUCCUCGGUGAUCUCCCCUCUCGAAGCCGCUCUCUCGUCCGUCUCUGUGGUGUCUCUGUCCCACCUGCUAGCUGCUCGCGAGGACGUGUCCCGAAUCGUGAAGACAAGCAGCGGGAUGUCCCGGCUGGGGACAAGCUGCGCUGUCAACAAGGUUCUGAUGGGCAGUGUUCCUGAUCGGGGGGGCCGACCCGGGGAGAUCGAACCCCCCAUGCCAUCCUGGGAGGGGCGCAGGGAGGGGGGGCACCAGGGACAUCACCACCAGAGGCGAUGGGGAAGGAAAAGGAAAGCCAAAUAGAGUCGCAAUACCUGUCAUGACCACUGGGUGGCACAGGUCCACGAGCACACGGUCAAGCCAGAUCAUUAUGGAUAUAUAUUAUAUAUAUAUAAUAUAUAUAUAUAAAUAUAUAUAUAUAUAU